GUAUUGGGCUGGUCCCCGGAUGCGGCUGUGAUUGACUCGACCAGGCAGAAGAGAUCGCUAAGCUAAGUGGCGGUGCUGCAGCCCCAGUGGUCGUUGGCAGGAUGCAGACCAUAAAAUGUGUGGUGGUUGGUGACGGGGCAGUUGGAAAAACCUGUCUACUCAUCUCGUACACCACCAAUGCCUUCCCUGAAGAAUACAUUCCGACAGUGUUUGACAAUUACAGCGCCCAGAUGAGCGUGGACGGCCGCACCGUCAGCCUUAACUUGUGGGACACGGCGGGUCAGGAGGAGUACGACCGCCUGCGUACUCUUUCCUACCCCCAGACCAACGUCUUCAUCAUCUGCUUCUCCAUCGGCAGCCCCUCCUCGCACGCCAACGUCAGGCACAAGUGGCACCCUGAGGUGUCCCACCACUGCCCCAGCGUGCCCAUCCUGCUGGUGGGCACCAAGAGGGACCUGAGGGGCGACGCCGAUACGGUGAAGAAGCUGAAGGAGCAGGGUUUGGCUCCAACAACCCAGCAGCAGGGAAACACCCUCGCCAAACAAAUCGGGGCCGUUAAAUACAUGGAGUGCUCGGCGCUGCUCCAGGAAGGCGUCAGGGAGGUGUUCGCCGAGGCCGUGAGAGCCGUGUUGUACCCCGUCACGAAAAAGAACACCAAGAAAUGCGUGCUUUUGUAAUAACGCUUCUCAGAUUUGGAAUGUUGAGUUCCACGGAUGCGAAUAAUGGCUGCUUCCACGUCACUCCUAACAGUUUGAAGACUUUUUUUCCAGCUCCCUCUUCAUCCUCAGGAGGGUCUCGCAUACUUACGAUGCCAUCACCACCAAAGCGACUGACAAAACGGGGGCAAAAAAGUGGAUCUCUUAUGAUAAUUUUUUUUUUUUACAUUUAUUUUUUUUUUUACAUUUACCCGUAUUUCACAUUACACUUGUUCUAGAUUUAUAGCGCCCCUGCUUUGCCUCUAUAAAUGAAUGCUGAUAGUGGUUGUCGCAAGCCAUAAUUUUCUCUAAACCCAGCUACCCUUUUUGACUGGAGAUAAGUGGUCUACUUUGUGUAGAUGGAGAAAUAGUGACUACCUCAUACUCCUCACUUAGGUUGCAUCUCACGAGUCUCAAGCAAAUGCAUUAUUACCCCUGCGAGUUGCCCCAUUUGUUUUUUCUUUUUUGAUUCAAGCAACUGAAGACCAGAAAAGAGCAGGCCAAUUAUGCAGCAUCAGUAGCCUUCCACGUGCAGCACGACGCGUUGGAGCCUGCGCAAGGAAGAGAACAUUUUUUGUAAAAUAAGCCCCAUUCAUUAAUGGCAACCAGAAUUGUGGCUCCAAACUGACACCCGGGCUACCAAGAUGGCCGACUGAAGAGCGCGUCAGGUUGUCAAACAUUUCUGUCUUGCCUUCACUAGAAAUGUGCCUCAGAACGACUGGUGAAACGUCGAAUGGGCAUCAGCAGCAGCAUGGUAAUUAAUGCCGCAUGGAGGGAUUGCCCCAGUGAACAUGUACUCGGUCUUCUUUUGACACCAACUCGUAGAGGCUGUCAACAGCGCCUCUGCUGGUUGCAGCAAAGUAGUACACUCCGUUUUGCCUUGCUUGUGAUUUGAUGAAUUUUAUAUCCCCACCCCCAUUCAGAAUCUGAAAAGCUAUUUUAUGAUCAUGUCGAAUUUACUUCUGAAAACUUUUUAACCUAUUAAGUGGCCAAAGUUGAAUAUAUAUUUUUGUAAUCUCUUGUUUAUCGGAUACCUAAGGUGUUAAACCGGUCUUGCAUAAUGAUGUCAGUGACCUUGUUGCCUUGCAUUAAAUGCUAGUGGACAGUUACUACCGCAUGAUUGAUCCCAUAUAUCCUGUUUUACUGGAACACAAUGGAACCUGCAACAAUGAACCAUUUUUUUCCUACUCUAUUUGUCCAUUAGCCAACUAUUUUCUCCCAAAAGGUGAUGUGGCGUGAAUUAAUCAAAACCCUCACCGUCAUAAAAUUAACAACCAUGCAGGCAAGUAACGCUUUCCCAUAGUUAUUGCUCACAUAUAGAAAAAUCCAAAGAGAAGUGAGCUGUUGUAUAUAUGAAAGUAAAACUACUCACACACUGAAAAUCCAUUAAAAAAGUAGCACAUCUCUGGUAAAUUCGGUGCUGAUUCCUAACCAUGAUUUGGAUUGUCUGCUUCUUAAAAUUCUACAGAUGUUGUUAUAUUUAAGUGUAUUUCGCAUACUUUACAGAUCACAGACGGUUUCAAUUAGUGACAUUUAUGAUUUUAGUACUCUAAUAUGGUGAAAAACAAACAUUUGGUAUUGCCCAAGUCCCAUAAUAUUUGGUGAUGUCACCCAUUAUUUUUUUUUUUUUAAAUCCAUUUACGGUAGAAUCCCUCAAGUCCACCCAAUUGUUUUUGUUUGUUUCACAAUCUUAACUCAUUAGAUGCCAUUGAUAAUGAGUUAAUUGUACCAGUUUUAGGCUGUUCAACUUUACAAGUUCCAUCGAAUGGUAACGGUCUCGUAUGUAAUCUAUUUGUUAGAUCUUUUUCUAAUUGGAAAAAAAGGCUAUUGCUUAAGUGAUUUGCAUUUUUCUAGCAUGUUGCAGCAUUUCGAGCGUCAUGAUUGAUGGCAGGAGCAUUUGUGUGGUCGCCAUGCCUUAUCCAAGCCCAAACCCACAGUUGCGCGCCUUAGUCAAAGUUUGUCAUUUUAGUGCGACAAAGAGUUCCCAGCAAGCGAUGACUUUCAUAUUGAGUCGUUGAGGCCUUACUUUCUUCCUGCCAGUAAGCACACUGCAGCGCUCUAUAAAACACAGCUGCAAAAGUGACAUCUCACUGUGCCGCAGCCACACGUUUUUAACUCACUGUGGUUUAUAUCCCUGCAUUGCAUGGUGCAGCAAUAACUGCAUUGGUGGAAAGUGCCUUGACAGUUUUAACAUUCUCGUUCCUUAGCAAUAGGGGGUUUCUUUUAGUGUCAGUGAUUAGUGUUUUUAAACUGUGGAAUGAAUUGUAUUUGGAUUAUUGCGGCCUGCAAUAACCUAAGUGCAAUAAUAGCAAAGGGCUGAAAUAAGUCAAAAUGUGUUGAAUGUAAGUGCACAAUUAGACAAACUGUGGUCAGCUUCUAUUUUUUCCACGCAUAUAUUUUGUAUUCCCAUUUUAUCGGAUGUCCUGAUUUCAUUCAAAUAAUAUGAUGGAAGUGGAACAUACACCUGUGGGCUCUCUGUUGUCUGUGUCCCAGAGCUGUAUGAUACCACACGCGUGGUACUACGCUUUUACACUGGGAACUUGAUUUGUAGAGAUCUGUAAUUGUUUUAUAUAUAACAAAGCAUAUUUGUAUAAAUGAACUAACAAUGAGAUGAUUUUAAAUUAUGCCAAAUAAAAUGGUGGUUCAAACCAAUAUUUCGAUGUUUUAAUAGCAGUUUGUACUCUUUUAGGACAAAAUUGCCACUUCUCUGUUAUUCAUGGACGGAUCAGAAUAAAAUGUCACAGGAAUAUUUUAGGGAUGGAUUUGCAUGGAUGCUCUGACACGUUUUUUUGUGUGUGUGUGUGU